AUGCGCAGCUGGACCCUCUUUCCUUUGGAAAAAGAGCGAUAUAUCUGCCCAAAUCCGGGGGCGGUGAUGAGUUGGGGUUUUAGCCACCUCUCAUUCAGAUCAUUUGAAGCAUAUGGCCGGGUAGUGGUAGGUGAAUACCUGGAAAAAACUGAGGUUCUCUUAGGAGGAAUGAAGAGAAAGGCAGAUGUUAGGUGGAUCACAAUAGUGCUGGAUCCAGAUACAAAGACUGUAACUGUGCUGUUCGUGAGGAACGUGGCCGACGACACCAGGUCUGAAGAUUUACGCCGUGAAUUUGGUCGUUAUGGUCCUAUAGUUGAUGUGUAUGUUCCACUUGAUUUCUACACUCGUCGUCCAAGAGGAUUUGCUUUCGUUCAAUUUGAGGAUGUUCGUGAUGCCGAAGAUGCAUUACAUAAUUUGGACAGAAAAUGGAUUUGUGGACGUCAAAUUGAAAUCCAGUUUGCGCAGGGAGAUCGAAAGACACCAAAUCAAAUGAAAGCGAAGGAAGGAAGGAAUGUAUACAGUUCUUCUCGCUACGAUGAUUAUGACAGAUAUAGACGUUCUAGAAGCCGGAGUUAUGAAAGGAGGCGAUCAAGAAGUCGGUCUUUUGAUUACAACUAUAGAAGAUCUUACAGUCCUAGAAAUAGACCGACUGGAAGACCACGGCGUAGCAGAAGCCAUUCCGACAAUGAUAGAUUCAAACACCGAAAUCGAUCUUUUUCAAGAUCUAAAUCCAAUUCAAGAUCAUGGUCCAAGUCCCAGCCCAAGAAAGAAAUGAAGGCUAAAUCACGUUCUAGGUCUGCAUCUCACACCAAAACUAGAGGCACCUCUAAAACAGAUUCCAAAACACAUUAUAAGUCUGGCUCAAGAUAUGAAAAGGAAUCAAGGAAAAAAGAACCACCUAGAUCCAAAUCUCAGUCAAGAUCACAGUCUAGGUCUAGGUCAAAAUCUAGAUCAAGGUCUUGGACUAGUCCUAAGUCCAGUGGCCACUAAUAGCUUAAACCAUGAUAUUUUUAGGCAUGUAUCAUUCAUUUACUCAUAGUUUGGUUUACUUAAAUUAUCAGGAAUACAAUGUUGCAAUGAUGCUUAAAAAAAACACACAACACUUGUUAGUUUUCCCUGUACCAGGCAAUGGUUAUAAUUAAAAUGAUAUGCUGUUGAGAAGC